AUGCACUGGGGACGGGAGUGUGAGCAGGUAGACACAGGGGACGGGAGUACAAUACAAUAUGUCUUGUCUUAUCUCAUCUUACAGAACCCGCAGGAGGACACCAGCCAGGAGUUUGACAAUCGCUAUGACUACGUGGUCUGUGAGGAGGGCGAGGAGGUGACCUGCGCCCCUGCACCCGACGAGUUCAACCCGUGCGAGGACAUCAUGGGCUUCAGCUUCCUGCGUGUGUCUGUGUGGUUUGUGUCUCUGCUGGCUGUAGUAGGUAACAUGGUGGUGCUACUGGUCCUCCUCACCUCCCACUACAAGCUCUCCGUCUCACGCUUCCUCAUGUGUCACCUGGCCUUCGCUGACCUCUGCAUGGGGAUAUAUCUCCUCCUCAUCGCCUCAGUGGACCUUCACACCCAGGCGGAGUACUACAACCACGCCAUCGACUGGCAGAUGGGGCCGGGCUGUGGGUUGGCGGGGUUCUUCACGGUGUUUGCCAGCGAGCUGUCGGUGUAUACGCUGACGGUGAUUACGCUAGAGAGGUGGUACGCAAUAACGUUCGCCAUGAGGCUGGACAGGAAGUUGCGUCUGCCCCACGCCACUGCUGUGAUGCUGGCUGGAUGGUUGUUCUGCCUCCUCCUAGCGAUGCUCCCCCUAGUGGGGGUUAGCAGCUACCAGAAGGUCAGUAUCUGCCUGCCCAUGGAUACCCAGUCCACCAUGGCCCAGGUCUACAUUGUCUCAGUCUUGAUCCUAAACAUCCUGGCAUUCCUGGUGAUCUGUACCUGUUACAUGAAGAUCUACUGCGCCGUGCACAACCCUUACUACUGCUCAGGGUCUAAAGACACCAACAUUGCUAAACGCAUGGCCAUCCUCAUCUUCACUGACUUCAUGUGUAUGGCGCCCAUAUCGUUUUACGCCAUGUCGGCCGUUGUGGACCGGCCGCUUAUCACCGUGUCCAACUCUAAGAUCCUCCUGGUGCUCUUCUACCCUCUCAACUCCUGUGCCAACCCCUUCCUGUACGCCAUCUUCACCAAGGCUUUCAGGGGGGAUGUCUUUAUCCUGCUCAGUAAGGUGGGGCUGUGCCAGCAUCGGGCGCAGCUCUUCAGAGGGCAAGCAGUCAGUUCGAAAGGUAGCAGUAGGGUGUGCCACCAGGUCCAGGGGGGUAAAAAGAGAGACACUGACAGGAAGAGGACAGGAGGACCAGAGGAGGUACCCAUUCACCUGCAGGAGUAUUCUGGGUCUGGUCACACCUACAUUCAGCCGGCCUCACAACAGCCCAGUCCUGAGGAAAGCCAUAGCCUGGUGACGUGA